AUGUAUUCCAAUAGCUUCUCGAAGCGGGAGGACGAGGAGUCCCUCCUGCCUCUCUCGCCUCUCUCGCCGUUACAACAGCAGCCAAGCUCGGCCCGGCGCGUGUGCUCUGUGCCACCUCUCCGAGAGAUGCUCAUCCACACGUUGGCCUUCAUGCGACCCAGCUUUCUGAGCAAACGGGCGCCGCUUGAGGUAUCUGAAAAGCCGUCGGCGCCCAAGAAGAAGCUAUCGACAGAAUAUCUUGAUGGCGUGCGAGGUGUCGCAUCACUCAUUGUAUUCAUUCUUCACUGGAGUCACAUUCCGUACCCGUCGGUCAACUCAGGAUGGGGCUACAAGAACAACACGUCAUUAUGGUUGUUCCCAUUUAUUCGGCUCAUCUAUUCAGGAGCGGCGAUGGUCUCGGUCUUUUUUGUUGUGUCCGGCUUCGUCUUGUCCCACCGGUUCGUGCAACGCAUGCACCGCCAGGAACACAGUGAGCUGUUUGCGUCACUGACGUCCAUCACAUGGCGUCGCGCUAUUCGCCUCUUCCUCCCGGCCUUCGCUUCGAGCCUGAUGGCCUUCGUCUGUGCUUGUCUUGGCAUUAUAACUGUGCCAAGGAAGGUCAAUGGUCAACCUUUCGAGCAUAGCUUCCAAGCCUAUCUCGACUACUUGGACGCAGAGUCCAACCCAUGGGACUGGACUGCCGAGUUUUUCGGGUUCUAUAACCCGCAGCUAUGGUCGAUCGCUGUCGAAUUCCGUGGAUCGAUGGUCAUUUUCCUGCUCAUCUUGGCCUUGGCGCGAAGCCGGACUGCCAUUCGCUUGGCAGUUGAAGGUUUCCUUGUCGUUCAUUCAUUCGGCCACAAGCGCUGGGAUGUCGCUCUUUUCGUUGCCGGCAUGAUCAUCGCCGAGCUGCAGGUCUUGCUGAAGAAGCCAGAACGGGCGUCCCGGCUGAAGCUAGUCAACGCUCUGCUUGUUAUAACACUCAUUUUUGGUGUGUUCCUCUCCGGCUAUCCUCGGGAGCAUAACACACAGACUCCUGGAUACAUGUGGACAAAGUACACUUGGCCUUUCACUGCCUACCGUCGUCGAUUCUGGCUUGCGAUCAGCGCGAUUUUGAUCGUAGGGCCAAUGGCGUUCCUGCCCUCAGUGCAGGCAAUCUUUCUCACGCGACCAGCUCGGUAUCUUGGGCGAAUCAGCUUUGCUCUUUACCUUGUGCAUGGCCUUGGUAACAGGACCAUUGGCAAAUGGCUAUUGAAUGCCUGCUGGGACCACAUUGGCAAAGAAGGCUUUUGGCCUUACACUAUCAGCUUCAUUGUCUCUACGACUUUGUAUUUUCCUAUUAUUAUAUGGUCGUCAGAUAUAUUUUGGAGGGGUGUUGAUGUUCCCUCUACGGAGUUUGCUCGUUGGUUCGAGAAGAAAUGCUCUGUUCCUGAGGUUGCCAAGUUAUGA